GAUUGGAAGCAAAAGGGAAAAAGAAAAAGCACCAGAAUGAAGAUCUUUGUAAAUAUUUUUCUGGGAUUUUUUAUCUUUGAGACUGUUGAUGCUGUACCCAUCACUGACACAGUAAUUUAUGAUUCUGAGUUCUAUGAAGAACCACUUGGAGAGCUCCUGCAUCCAUUUGUCUAUUUUGAAAAUGAGCAGUCUGACCAGCUAGAGACAGAGACUGGGACAGCGCUGCCUUCUGUAACUCACGAGAGUUCUUCUUCUUCUCCGCUGGCAGAAGAACCUGAGGAGGAAGCAUCAACACCAAAACUAAUUGAUGGCUCUUCGGCACUAGGGUCCGGUGUGCUCAGGCCCCAGAGCCAUGAGGAUCUUCCAACUUGCCUUUUGUGUACAUGUCUAGGGACCACAGUCUACUGCGAUGAUCGUGAGCUUUAUGUUAUUCCACCACUGCCUAAGAAAACCAUGUACUUCUACUCCCGCUACAACAGAAUUAGAAGAAUCAACAGAAACGACUUUAGUAACUUGAGCAAUUUAAAGCGGAUUGAUUUGACUGGGAAUUUUAUAUCAGAGAUCCAUGAAGAUGCCUUCCGGAGACUGCCUCAACUCCAGGAGCUCGUGCUCCGUGAAAACAGAAUAAGGCAACUCCCUGAGUUACCAUCCACUUUGACUUUCAUUGAUAUUAGUAAGAACAGACUUGGUCGCAGGGGAAUACGUAACGAGGCAUUUAAAGAUCUGCAUAAACUGCAGCACCUUUACAUCACUGACAAUAACCUGGAUCAUAUUCCAUUGCCACUCCCUGAAAGUCUCCAGGCUCUUCAUCUUCAGAACAACAACAUUCAAGAGAUGCAUGAAGAUACUUUCUGCAAAAUGAAAGAUUUUAAUUACGUCCGUAGGCCUCUUGAAGACAUCAGACUGGAUGGUAAUCCCAUCAAUUUGAGCAAAACACCUUAUGCAUAUAUGUGUCUACCCCGUUUGCCAGUUGGUAACCUCAUCUAA